AUGGUCAAACACUCGAACAAGAUCAAACGCGCCGACCGACGAGCCCCCGACCCCGGGCUGCAGGUCGAUUUUGAACCCUCAACUUCUGCCUCAACCACCGCCGCAGAACCAUACAAGCCGUUCCAACAUUCGCAGCAGCCGCAAGUGAAGAAGCGAACCGCGUCAGCCGCAGCGGCGGGUAAAUCGGCACGAGCUAAAAAGGCCAAGGCUAUCGAGAGAGCCGAGAAAACCAAUCAAAAGUUUGUCGUUAACAAGGCCAAAGCCGAGAGGAAGAAGUUGAUGAAGUCGUGA